AUGUUGAACACUCGCCAAAGGAGCACCGUAGAGCGCCUUGACAGGCCAAGCGCCUACUUUUUCAACAAGAACAGGCGCAACAGACGUCAUGACCGGGACCACCGCGAUGGAGAAAAUGAGGACAGUAACAUGCAUCCCGAGGCGCACGACGACCCGUUGAAGGAUGCGACCACUCUCUACGUCGGCAAUCUUUCCUUCUACACUACAGAAGAACAGGUUUACGAACUCUUUAGCAAAUGCGGCGAGAUCAAGCGCUUGGUCAUGGGCCUCGAUCGUUUACAAAAGACACCGUGCGGUUUCUGCUUCGUCGAAUACUACACCCAUCAGGACGCUCUCGAUUGCAUGAAGUACAUUGGCGGCACCAAGUUGGACGAGCGCAUCAUCCGAACCGAUCUCGACCCAGGCUUCGAGGAAGGACGACAGUACGGCCGUGGCAAGUCGGGCGGCCAAGUACGGGAUGAGUACCGUGAGGACUACGACGAGGGCCGCGGUGGUCUUGGUCGCCAGAUCCAGGCCGAGAGGAUGAGGGAGCAUGACCACAAGCGUUACGACGACAACGACGAACAAUACGGCCGCUUGCGCUAA